GUUUGAACUGUGAAACAGACAUUGAUGAGUGUGCAAGUGCCCCAUGUCAGAAUGGUGCUACAUGUAUUGAUGAUAUCAACAUGUACACAUGUACCUGUCUAGCAGGUUACACAGGAGUGCACUGCCAGACAGAGAUUAAUGAAUGUGAAAGUGACCCCUGUCAACAUGGCGGAGAUUGUACUGAUUUGGUGAAUGCUUACAAUUGUACAUGUCAUCCCCAGUAUGAGGGAGUCAACUGUGAGAUUAAGAUUGACAACUGUUUGACCAACAACACAUGUCAAAAUGGAGCUACUUGCAUUGAUGGCUUUGAGACUAUUACUUGUAAGUGCCCUACUAUGUACACUGGCACCAACUGUGAAAAAGAAAAGUCUGACAACUUUGAUCUGUUUUUCCAUGGUAAGAAUGGCUCUAGGAGUGAACCCCCCAGUGUUACUCUAACAGGUGUAACAUCCCUGACUGUAUGCAUGUGGGUCAGGUAUGCCGGGGUGGACGCUACUGGUACAUACCUUACCAUGUACUCCGAGUCAUCUAUGUAUGAGAACCUUGUAAUGAAUGAAGCCGGAGUGACCCUUGGCCUAUUCGAGGACAUCCCCACUGUCUCAGUUGAUGGAAAAGUCAACGAUGGUGCCUGGCAUCAUGAGUGCUUCGGAUGGGACAACAAUGGCGGAAUCUACGCUCUCUAUAUUGAUGGAGUUUCUGUCUUCGAAGGUGAAGGUUUCGGAAAUGGAAGAACAAUCAGUGACAGUGUUAUAGUGAUGCUUGGUCAAUCCCUCCAGACGAUUGGUGGAAUCAACCAAUUCCAUGGAGAGCUGAGUCGUGUCAAUGUCUAUGAGACCUUCCUCACCCCUGAUGUCAUCAGUAACAUGGCAACCAACUGUAGCCAGUCUCGACCAAUGGGAGACAUUAGAAUGUGGGUGGACUUUGACGAGUAUCUGUUUAACGAUGUUGAGAAGAUUGAACCAGCGUUGUGUGGAAAGUCUAACUGCCCACCUGGCUUUACUGGUAGUCUUUGUAACAUUGUCAUUGACAAGGAGGCCCCCACUGUUGUCUACUGCCCCAACAACACCAAGGUUGUCAACCCUGAGAACAGACUUAGUGUCGUCAACUGGACGGAACCUGUCUUUACAGAUAAUGUUGGAGUUGUGAAUAUAACUCAGAACUUUAGACCAGGUCAAGUCCUUGCUUAUGGUGAAUACUAUGUGGAAUAUGUAGCUGUCGAUGCAGAGGGCAACUCCGCCACUUGUAGCUUUACUCUCUACGUCAUGCCAUUUGACUGUGCUAUCCCACCAGAGCCUAUCAAUGCCAUAGCUGCCUGUGGAGCAUGGACCUUUGGUCAGUACUGUCGAGUCCAAUGUACAGAUCCAAUCAACUAUGACUUUGAAGUUUUCCCACCUCCAUUCUACAAAUGCGACCAAACAGGUUCAUGGGACCCGGCACAGUUCACACCUUUCAGGUUCCCAUCAUGCACCAGACUAUUCCCUCCUUUACCUGGUAUGGGUGGAUCUGUUCAAACAUCAUCUGCAGGACCUUGUGAUGCUGCUAGAGCAGAACAGGUUAAACAAGAGUUCAUCACUGUCAUGAGACAACUAGAUCAAAGGUUUGGCCUGUGUUCACUAGAGUGCGAUUAUAGUAAUGUUAAGGUGAAGUGUGGUGGAUCUAGGAAGAAGAGGCAAGCUGAUGGGGGAGAAUUCAGUACAUACGAUCUUGAAUUUGACAUUCCAUUGGAUCUCUUGCAAAAUGGCACUGGUACGGUUGUAGACCCAGAAAUAGGAACCAUCUUACCAUCAGAGGCUCUUACUAACAGUCUUAAAGAAGGCAAUACAUUUGAAAAUGCUGCUGUAGCUGAUACAUUGACUUGUGCAGAAGGUCAGGUCUUGAACCAGGAGAAAAAAUGUGUUCCAUGUGCACCAGGAUCAUUCUUUAACAAUGCUACAUCAGCUUGUGAGAGUUGCGGCAUGGGAACAUAUAACACAGAGAUUGGCCAGUAUUCCUGUACCCCCUGCCCCGCUGGCACGACCACCCAGGGGACAGGAUCCACAAACCGCACUGAAUGCUUCGGUACUUGCAGUCCUGGUAAUUACUACAGCUAUGCCACAGAGAAGUGUGAACAAUGUGCUACUGGUUACUAUCAGAAUGAGGCUGGCCAACUCAGGUGUAAACCCUGUGGCACAGGGGCUACAACUUUGAGUACAGGGGCUACUGCUGAGUCUCAAUGCACAAAGAAUUGUGGCCUUGGCACAGAGCUAUCCGUGAAUGGGGAAUGUUCCCCUUGUGAGGUGGGAUCCUAUAAGGAUCAAGUAGAACUCGACUCCUGCGUGAAAUGUCCAUAUGGAACAACUACACCAGGAAAUGGAGCAUCUGCAGAGUCAGACUGUAGCGUCAUUGAGUGUCCAGCUGGCAAGUUCCUGAAUGAGACUGGAGUAUGUAGUAACUGUCCUAGAGGCACCUAUCAGCCAUCUAUUGGCCAGACAACUUGCAUCAUGUGUGCUGAGGGGUUCACAACUUUGAAUGAAGGGGCAGUUCUAGAGUCACAAUGUGAACCAGGUGAUAAGGAUGAAUGUGAACUGGGAACAGAUAACUGUGACACAAAUGCUGUUUGUGAGAACACCCCUGGGUCCUUUGUGUGUGUUUGCAAUAGAGGUUUCACUGGAACAGGGGUCAUAUGUACAGACCUGUGCACAGGAUUCUGUGAGGCUGGCAAGUCUUGCAUUAUUGACCAAGAUGGCAACCCACUAUGUUCAACAGUUGGCUCAACAAAGUCAUCUGUAGAUGUUGUGGGAAUUACUCUUGGUGCUACUGGGGCAGUGGUGGCUGUAAUCUUUAUCAUUGCAAUCAUCAUCUUCUGCAUGAAGAAGAAAAACAGCAAGGUUGAAAGAGAGUCACUCUACAAUGGGCAUGGCCAGUAUAAUCGUGAGAUGUCUAACUACAAUGGUGGAUACAUUGACGAUGAUCUCGGCAAACACCCUAUUCCCGAGCAAACUCCAACCCCUCCGAAUAAACGAGUGUGGAAGGAGAUCAGCCAUGUUUACUUGUCGGAGCAAGAUAAACAAGACUGUAAACUUGAGGAGACUUCUACCAGAAGUACGACGACUACCAGUUCAAGCUACCGCGGGCUAGUGCCAAAAACCCGAGUAAGUCCACUGACCCAAAAGGUCACAGUGGAAAUGGCCAAUCAAAAAACAGCAAAUCCAGGAGCGGAAACCACUACCUCCCACGCCCAGCUAUAAGCGGGAAAGGGCCAAGGUCAGAGGAUUAUGGUUUUAAACCACCAAGGAAAUGAGA